UAUAAUUUACAGAAUUGAAAUGAAUUUCGAUGAUGCUUCUUUAUCUUCUCUCCAUACUUAUAGAGUCAAGACUCGAUAAUAACUCAAAGGCAUAUAAAAUUCCACUUAAAAGUCAAAACGAAAAUACUGUCACAUUUCUCUUGAAAGAAAGAAUUAAUUAAUUUCCCUUGUCCUUGAUAGAAAGUUGAGAAUCAAAGAUGUAUACAAUUAUUCAUAUACCUUAUAUUAAUAGGCUGCGAUUAUUUGUAAUUUAAAUUACUCCACUGCAAAAACCAUACUCUAUACUUUGAGACAUCGAUUACCUAAAUAGGCAGGAUUCAAAUUAUAUUCGAAUAAAUGUAAACCAAGACUUAUAGUUAAAAUUCAAAACAAGGGAACACUUGUAAAUGAAUAUGAUUUUUAUUCAUGUUUGAAUUAAAAUUGAG